AUGGCAGCAGCUCUUAAUCCUCUGAGGAUGGAGAGAAACAAACUGGUCACUGUGACCCUGCAGCCCAACUGGUCUGUGAUAUACAGAGGAGAGAAGAUCACUGUCAGAUGUGAGAUCGAUGGAGGUGGAGACACUGGGUGGACGUAUGAAUGGAGAACACCCAGCUCAAACAAUCCUCCAUCACACAGUGAAUACACUAUCAGCAGAGUUACUGAGUCUCACAGUGGUGACUACAGGUGUAGAGGUAGAAGAGACUAUUCCUUAACAGAGUGGAGUCGGGUCCUGAGAUUGACAGUAUCACCCAAUAAACCCCAGGCCUCACUGACAGCAGACAGCACAGUCCUACCAGCAGGGGGCAGAGUGACUCUGACCUGCUCUGUGAACCCAUCAUCUGGUUGGAAAUACUACUGGUACAGAGAGAAGAAACUCUCUGAACCUCUGAACAGACAUGAUGCUGUUUCCCAGACAACUGGAACAACCAGUGUCUCACAGGAAGGACUCUACUGGUGCAGAGGAGGAAGAGGAGACCCAGUUUACUACACACACUUCAGUCAGGCUGUUAGGAUUGACACCAUUGUCUCAAACACGGCUGUUGUGACUCUGCAACCAAACUGGACUGAGAUAUACAGAGGAGAGACGAUCACUGUCAGCUGUGAGAUCCAGGGAGGAGGAGACACUGAGUGGACGUAUGAAUGGGAAACUAACAUCUCACUCAAACCUUCAAAUCAACAUGAAUACAGGAUUAGUUCUGCUUCAUCAUCCCACAGUGGAGACUACAGGUGUAGGGGCAGGAUGAAAAGUGCACAACAUAAUACAACAGAGUGGAGUGAUUCAGUCAAAUUGACAGUGUAUGACAAUAAACCCCGGCCUGUCCUCACUGGGUCUCCAUCAUGGCUGAGUCCUGGAGCCUCAGUAACUCUGAAGUGUGAGGUUGAACAUCCAUCUGCAGGAUGGAGGUUCUACUGGUACAAGGCUGUUCCUGAUGGAUCACAGCGCUCCUACAGCUAUGAGCUGCUCCCUGGAAGCAGCAUUGGGACUGAACAGGAUUCCUACAUCGUCCAUGAUGUUCGUCCAUCAGCGUCUCUCACAGUGAGUCCUGACAGAGCGCAGCACUUCAACUCUGACUCUGUCUCACUGAGCUGUGAGGGAAACUCUACUGAGUGGAGAGUGAGGAGGUUUGAUGAGAGUAACUACCUGUCACACUGCUCUGACUGGGGGAGAAUGACCGGAUCCACAUGUAACAUUUACAGUUAUGGGCCCAGUAAUGCAGUGUACUGGUGUGAGUCUGGAUCAGGAGAGUUCAGCAACACAGUCAACAUCACUGUACAGACUGUGUAUUAUAGAGAUCUGGCUUCUGUUUUAGACAAUAGUCCCAUGUACGCCGAGGUCAACAUCAUCAGCAAAGGAACAGCCAAGAAAAAGAAAGGUCUUCCCUGGCUUCUAUUCAUUUGCUUCAGUUUCAAGCUUUCUCUUUACAACGCAGAGGAACUUCUCAGCGUGACGGUGCUGGAUGUGAGGAUGGGACAGAUUUCACCCUGUGUGCUCGGGUUGUUCUUGCUGAUCACUCUCCUCUACUCUGGACAUGCUGAAGAUGCUGUGCUGACCCUUGAGCCCAACUGGUCCACUUUCUUCACUGGAGAAUCUGUUACCUUAAUAUGUGACACGCAGGAAGUAGAGGAAACAGACUGGGAAUACCAAAUCAAGAAGGAUAGCUGGGAAUUUGUUCAGUACAAUUCCUAUAAACGCUACACAUUACAUCUCUGGACAGGCUACAGUAGUAAAUACCAGUGCUUUGCUCGCCACAGGCGCACUUAUGAAAUAAAACGCAGUAACAUCAUCUCUUUGACUGUAUCAGGAGAUAAACCCAAGGCCAUACUGCUGCCAGGCACAACAACCAUACCAGCAGGAGGCAGCGUGACACUGACCUGCUCUGUGGACGGCUCUGCUGAAUGGAAAUAUUACUGGUCCAGACAAACCUCAGGGUCUUAUGAAGAUCUGACCAUGAGAUAUGGUGAUCAAAACAGAGAGGUCAAUAUCUCACAAGGAGGCAACUACUGGUGCACCGGAGGUCGAGGAAAUCCAGUCGUCUACACUCAUGCAAGUGAUGUGGUCCCCAUUAAGAUAACGUUUUCCAACAAGGUCACUUUGACUCUGCAACCCAGCUGGCGUCAGAUUUUCAGCGGUGAGACGAUCACUCUCAGAUGUGAGAUCGAGGGAGGAGGAGACAUUGAGUGGGAGUAUGAAUGGAGAACACCCGUGUCGAGCACACCAUGGACAUACGUUAAUUACAGGAGCAUCAAUGCGUCUCUGUCCUGCAGCGGGAGCUACACGUGUAGGGGUGCACACAGAGGGGACCGGGAUUCUUCAACAGAGUGGAGUAAAGGCAUCACAAUAACAGUAUCACAUAAACCGCGGCCUGUCCUCACUGUGUCUCCAUCAUGGCUGAGUCCUGGAGCCUCAGUAACUCUGAAGUGUGAGGUUGAACAUCCAUCUGCAGGAUGGAGGUUCUACUGGUACAAGGCUGUUCCCAGAUUGUCCAAAAGCAACAUGUAUAACCGCUACCACUCUAUACGUGGACGCUGGAUAGAUUUUGAUUACUACCACUCCUACAGCUACGAGCUGCUCCCUGGAAGCAGCAGUGGGACUGAACAGGAUUCCUACAUCGUCCAUGGUCAGACACACACAGCAGGAUAUGUGUGUAAGGCUGGAAGAGGAAACCCAGUGAUUUACACUGAGACUAGUGAACUAAAGUUUGUCUGGUCUGGAGAUGUUCGUCCAUCAGCGUCUCUCACAGUGAGUCCUGACAGAGCGCAGCACUUCACCUCUGACUCUGUCUCACUGAGCUGUGAGGGAAACUCUACUGAGUGGAGAGUGAUGAGGUUACCUGAGAGUUACUACCUGUCCUGCUCUGACUGGGGGAUAAUGACCGGAUCAAUAUGCAACAUUCAUAGUUUGCAGUACGCUGAUGCAGUGUACUGGUGUGAGUCUGGAUCUGGAGAGUUCAGCAAUGCAGUCAACAUCACUGCAGAUACAUAUAUUAUCCUGGUGAGCCCUGUCCAUCCUGUGGCUGAGGGAGCAUCCGUCACCCUCAGCUGCAAGCUGCGGCCAGAAAAUGUCCUUUCUAAUGUGUUUUUCUAUAAAAAUGACAAACUCAUCCAAAACGACACCAGGCGGGAGCUGACCAUCCCCGCAGUGUCAAAGUCACAUGAAGGCUUUUAUAAAUGUAAAGGAGAAACUUCACUGCGGACUUUGCGGAGCAGCACGUCACCAGAGAGUUGGAUGUCAGUGAAAUCAGUGUCCAGACCUGAAGACUCUUGGUUUCCUGUGCCGCUGAUUGUUGGGUUGGUUUGUGGACUUUUACUGAUCCUUCUCCUGCUGCUGCUGUUUCGCUACAGAAAGACAAAAAAUUCAUGCUUUAUCAGGUCUCAGAGCACCAAUCAGAGCUCUGCUACAGACCACAUGAUGAAACAGGAUGAAACUCACUGUAAGAAAUACACUUCUCCUCUCCAUGAUGAAUCCAGCGAUGUCGCAGAUUCUGUAAUCAAGCUUGAAAAUGUUGCUAAAAACGAUGACAAACUCAUGUAUGCCCAGCUGGUCUUCCACAAAAAAGGAAGAUCAGCUCCUGCAGCAGCUGAUAAAACAGUUUAUUCUCAAAUCAAAGUUGGACCAGCUCAUGAUCAAUAAAGAGAUCGACAAAACCGCUGGAAUGUGUGACAACAUGAAAACGACAUCUUUAAUUAGGAAAUAUUUUCAGCUUUUAUGUACUGAAACCCUUCUGUGCAACUCUGCUAUCCAAAUAUAAAACUUUAAUUUGUACAGGUUAUGUAAUGGCAAAGACAUAAUAUGAACUUAAUCCAUUUUACUUGGUGAAAAGACAACAUAUCAUUUAAUAUAAUAUAAUAUAAUACGCCCUUUUAAUAUCUGUGCACUGUAUGUUGUCACUUAAUGUUUUAAAGCUGUUGUAGGCAGCAGCAGCAAAAAGUAACAUUUUAGAGCUUCAGUACCAAGGUGGUAAAGUCAGCAUCUGUUACAGUGUUUACAAGCUGUACAUGUUUAUAACAUUUAAUUUAUUGUAUACGAUAAACUCUUAUCCAACAACACAUCCUGUUUUUUCCGUCUUCCUAAAAAUGAAUUGCUAGGUACUACAUGUGGCUUCUUUUCACCUGGAUGUUCAGGUGGAAGUUCAGUUGAUCCUUUAUGCAUCAAUAAAUAUUUGUUCCAGCA